CACACUUUGGCUCCGGCCACGCUUCCACUGUAGCAAUUCGGCAGCGACUUGACUUACUUGGGAUGCUGUGAGAAGAGCUCGCGCAAGGUGGCCUAACACCCGAUUCCCUACAAGCAGCUCAACUUAACCGCUGCACCACCAUCACAAUCAGACUGUUCCUAGAUAUUGCAAGCCAAGGACAGCUUUUUGCGAGUUUUAUAUUCUCCGGCGCAGGCGAUUUGUUUUACACUCUCAGAGCCAGAAGCUCAGGCUUCAUCCCACCUUCAAGAUGCAGGCGUCGUCGGGCAUGCUCACCAAGUUCGAGUCCAAGUCUUCUCGCGCAAAGGGCAUUGCCUUCCACCCAAAAAGGCCAUGGAUUCUUGUUUCUCUUCACUCCUCGACGAUUCAGCUAUGGGACUAUCGCAUGGGCACGUUGAUUGACCGUUUCGAGGAACACGACGGUCCUGUUCGCGCCAUCGACUUUCACAAAACGCAACCCCUCUUCGUCUCGGGCGGUGACGACUACAAGAUCAAAGUAUGGUCUUACCAGACGCGCCGAUGCCUUUUCACUCUGAACGGUCACCUGGACUAUGUCCGCACAGUCUUCUUCCAUCACGAGCUGCCUUGGAUUGUGUCGGCCUCGGACGACCAAACGAUUCGGAUAUGGAACUGGCAGAACCGGUCUUUGAUUUGUACGAUGACGGGUCAUAACCACUAUGCCAUGUGUGCGCAAUUCCACCCCAAGGAGGACCUGGUCGUGUCGGCUUCGCUGGAUCAGUCCGUCCGGGUAUGGGACAUUUCCGGCUUGCGCAAGAAGCACUCUGCGCCCACAUCCUCCCUUUCCUUUGAAGAUCAAAUGGCGCGGAACAAUGCGAAUCAAACCGAUAUGUUUGGCAACACUGACGCCGUUGUCAAGUUUGUCCUCGAGGGCCACGACCGCGGAGUGAACUGGGUUGCAUUUCACCCAACAAUGCCCCUGAUAGUCUCUGCUGGUGACGAUCGGCUGGUGAAGCUUUGGCGCAUGAGUGAGACCAAGGCUUGGGAGGUUGAUACCUGCCGGGGUCACUUCCAGAACGCUUCGGGAUGUCUAUUCCACCCACACCAAGAUCUCAUCUUGUCUGUAGGCGAGGAUAAGACGAUAAGAGUUUGGGACCUAAACAAGAGGACAGGGGUUCAGUCAUUCAAGCGGGAGAAUGACAGGUUCUGGGUUAUUGCAGCUCACCCAGAGAUUAACUUGUUUGCCGCCGGUCAUGACAAUGGAGUCAUGGUUUUCAAACUCGAGCGCGAACGCCCUGCGUCCGCGGUCAACCAAAACGUCCUUUUCUACAUCAACAAGGAGAAGCACGUGCGGUCAUAUGACUUCCAAAAGAACAUUGAGAGCCCAACUCUUCUGUCGCUGAAGAAGGUCGGCCCUGCUUGGGUUCCUCCUCGCACCCUUUCCUACAAUCCGGCAGAAAGAUCUGUGUUGGUUACGUCGUCGGCUGAUAAUGGGACCUACGAGCUGAUCAGCCUUCCGAGGGAAGGAUCCGGCGCGAUAGAGCCUACCGAGUCCAAACGCGGUCAGGGCAACUCUGCAAUUUUUGUUGCUCGCAACCGAUUUGCCGUGCUCAAUGUUGCUUCACAAACCAUCGAUAUUAAGGACCUCUCGAACAACACGACACGAUCAUUCAAGCCUCCACACGGCACUACAGACAUCUACUUUGGCGGUCCAGGAAACUUGCUGAUCAUCACACCUACUGCCGUUCAUCUUUAUGAGAUCCAGCAAAAGAAGACCAUUGCAGAACUUGCCGUCAACGGGGUCAAAUACGUUGUUUGGUCUAACGAUGGCCUGUACGCUGCACUUCUCAGCAAGCACAACGUGACCAUUGUCACCAAAAACCUUGAACAGGUCAGCACACUCCACGAGACGAUCCGUAUCAAGAGCGCAACCUGGGACGAUGCCGGCGUCCUCCUCUAUUCGACCCUCAACCACGUCAAAUACACUCUGCUCAAUGGCGACAACGGCAUCGUGCGGACUCUUGAUCAAACCGUUUACCUCGUUCGGGUUAAGGGCAGGAAUGCCCACUGCCUGGACAGGAACGCAAAGCCUAAGAUUCUUCUGAUUGAUCCUACCGAGUAUCGUUUCAAGCUGUCUCUGGUGAAGCGCAACUAUGAGGAGAUGCUGCACAUCAUCAAGACCUCCAGUCUUGUCGGCCAGUCGAUCAUCUCAUAUCUGCAAAAGAAGGGAUACCCCGAGAUUGCACUGCAGUUCGUCCAGGAUCCCACGACCCGUUUCGAGCUUGCCAUCGAGUGUGGCAAUCUUGAAGUUGCAGUCGAGAUGGCUAAGCAGUUAGAUCGCCCCAAGCUGUGGACCAGGUUGAGCACUGAGGCUCUGGCACACGGCAACCACCAGGUCGUGGAGAUGUGCUAUCAGAAGCUCAAGCAGUUCGACAAGCUUUCCUUUUUGUAUCUUUCCACUGGUGACACGACUAAGCUCGCCAGGAUGGCUAAGAUCGCCGAGCACCGAGGAGACUUCACCGCCCGCUUCCAAGAUGCACUGUUCCUAGGAGAGGUAGAGGACCGCAUCCAGAUGUUCAAGGAGAUUGACCUUUACCCUAUGGCAUACAUGACUGCCAAGUCUCAUGGCCUCGAUGAGGAAUGUCAAGCCAUUCUGGAGGCGACCGGCUUGACUGAGGAUCAGCUCACGAUGCCCAAGAUCGGCGAAGCGCUUACGCCGCCGAAAGCUGUCGUUCCUACCCACAAGGCCAACUGGCCGACAAGGGCGACAUCCCAGUCAGUAUUCGAGAAGGCCCUCCUUGGACAGAUGGAAGGCCUCUCUCUCGAUGACGAGUCCGGAGCCGCUGCGAAUGGGUAUGCGGAAGAAGGCGAGGAACCCAGCUCCAAGACUGGUGCCCUUGUGGAUGUUGAUGAUGAAGAGGACGCUGCUGGAUGGGACAUGGGAGAUGACAUAGUACCGGAAGUUGACAGCGAUUUCGUCAAUGUGGAGAGUGCCGAAACUGGCGGUGCCGGUAGCAGCGAAGCUGAUUUGUGGGCACGAAACUCCCCCUUGGCUGUCGACCAUGUCGCAGGAGGCUCUUUUGAGUCAGCCAUGCAGCUGCUUAACCGCCAAGUAGGUGCUGUCAACUUUGCGCCGCUGAAGGACAGGUUCUUGGAGGUGUACAAGGCUUCCAAGACUUAUUUGCCUGCAUCAGUUGGUCUGCCGGCGUUGGUCAACUACGUCCGCAGGACUACGGACGAGACAGAUCCUAGGAAGGUCCUUCCUAUUAUUCCACGCGAUCUUGAAUCGCUGGCAACAAAUGAUCUGCAGCAAGGUUACAGCACUAUGAAGAGCAACAAGCUGGAGGAGGGUGUCAAGGUCUUCAGGGACAUCCUUCACGCUGUUCUGGUCAACGCUGUUUCGUCUGAAGGCGAAGUUGCGGAGGCCAAGAAGCUCAUCACCUCUGCUGCAGAGUACGCUGUGGCAAUGGAUAUCGAGCUGGCCAGGAGGAAGCUCGGCGCACCCGAUGCUGUGGCCAAGAACCCAGAACUUCUCAAGCGCAGCCUUGAGUUGUCGGCCUAUUUCACAAUCCCCAAGAUCGAAGUGCCCCACAGACAACUUGCACUCCUGAAUGCGAUGAACCUCGCGGCCAGGAGCAAGAACUACAACUCUGCCCUCAGCUUUGCCAACAGGAUAUUGGCCAACGGAGGCGCCAGCAAAAUAUUAGAAACUGCCAAGAAGACAAAGGCUCAAUGCGAGCGGAACCCUAACGACGCUGUAGAGAUCGAGUUCGACCAGUUCGCUGAGUUUGAGGUGUGCGCAGCCAGCCACACACCAAUCUACAGCGGAACAGCAUACGAGGAGUGUGCUUUUGAUGGAUCCAAGUACCAUACAAAGUACAAGGGUACGGUCUGCGCCGUAUGCCAAGUGUGCGAAGUUGGCAAGCACGGAAGUGGGCUGAAGCUUUUUGCAUGAGUGAUAUCGGGUGCGCCACUGAUGGCGAUUGUGUGAUUUAUAGAGGGAGGUCUACUUGGUGUCGGAGCUAGUGAUGCUCCCUGCCGCUGCGGAACGACACUCCUGUUGAUAAGGGCUGUCAUAGAGUCGGAUUGAGAUUGCAAAUGACCAUUUGGAAGAAAAGCUUCUCGACAAGACCAAAAAAAGCGCCGGGCUUGAUUUUUCCCCUUUUCUUUCUCGUCGAUAUAUGCAGUCAACGACGGUUCUCUUUUCUUUAUUUUAUCUUUUUCCUAGUUGUCUUAGCGUGAUCAGUUGUCGGAGAUGUUAGAGAAAAUGUUUACAUGCCAUUUUGACAUA